GAAAAAUAUCGAACAAUUGCUCCCAACAUGACGAGCAAGCAUAUUUAUUCCACGACAAAUUUAACAGACCAGCAAUUAAAAGAACAGGGGAAUUGUCUAUUUGCUGCGCGGAAGUAUGAUGACGCCAUUAAUUGCUAUUCUAAAGCUAUUAUAAAAAAUCCCACAAAUGCAACCUAUUUCACAAAUCGGGCCCUUUGCAAUCUCAAACUUAAGCGAUGGGAGCUUUGUUGUCAGGAUUGCCGGCGGGCCCUAGAUAUCGAUGGUAAUUUACUGAAGGGACACUUUUUCUUGGGACAAGCACUAAUGGAGAUUGAAUGCUAUGAUGAAGCUAUAAAGCAUUUACAGCGUGCAUAUGAUUUGUCAAAAGAACAAAAGCAAAACUUUGGUGACGAUAUCACAUUGCAGCUGCGCCUCGCAAGAAAAAAACGUUGGAAUGUUUUGGAGGAGAAAAGAAUACAUCAAGAGAUUGAAUUACAAAGUUAUUUAAAUCGCCUAAUUAAAGAUGAUAUGGAGAGUCGUUUGUCCAACUUAAAGUUGAAUGAUAAUGCAAAUGAGGAGCAAAUAAAGGAAAAACAGCAGGAAAUUGAACAAGAAUGUGAUGAUCACAUUAAAGAACUUAACAACAUAUUUGCCAAAGUUGAUGAACGCCGAAGGAAACGCGAUGUGCCGGAUUUUCUCUGUGGUAAAAUAAGUUUUGAGAUUUUAACAGAUCCUGUGAUAACUCCAUCGGGUAUCACCUACGAAAGGAAAGAUAUCGAAGAGCAUUUGCAGCGCGUAGGUCAUUUCGAUCCCGUCACGCGGGUGAAGCUGACACAGGAUCAGUUGAUACCAAAUUUCUCAAUGAAGGAAGUUGUAGAUACAUUCAUUGCUGAAAAUGAAUGGUCAUUAGACUACUAAUUCCCAUAUUUUAUUUGUAAAAGAAGAAUGAAAAACUAUGUAUAACCUGAGAAAUUGGAAUGGAUUUUAAAUUGGUUUGAUUUGUUUAAAGUUGCUUAUCGUGAUGUUAAUAAAAAUUACUAUAUAAAGUUUCU